GUUGUUGACUGACACAGGAGAAAAUGUUAUCGAACCCCUGGACUUUGCCAAUAUGUCCUCGUUAGACUUGAUGGGUGGCAUGGAGGUCAACCCAGGCUGCACACCCAUUAGGUUUCCUCACCAUAGUAAUGGAUGUCAGGAUUGUUGUAUUUUUCCCUUUGCAGAAAAUUAUGAGAAAAAGCCCAGUCCUGGUACCUUGAAGAUGGCUGCCUCCCAGGCAGGUCUCAGUACACCACCGUCUAUUCUACGUCGCGGGAAAUAUAAACGGGUUUGCAGCAUGUGUAAAUUGACUGACUGGUUUCAGCUUCAGGGAGCCACUCUUGCUGAAGAACUAGAGAACGUCUUGCAUGAGCUGGAGGAGGAGCCCAUGGAUGGAAUCAAAUGUGAUGACCCUACGUCUGAAACUCAAGCCAACCAGACACAACCUGCACCCUCUACUCCAGUCCGCAUGCCAUUAGAAAUCCUGCCCUUUUCUCCCUCACAGUUUUUAAACAGCCCUUGCCGCUCCACUAACAGUACAGUGACCUCCACCCCAGUUUUUGCUCAGGUUUACAACCAUGCAGGCAUGAUUAACCCUGUGUUUGACAUUAACAGAGUCAGAACUCCCAACGGUCAGCUAGUAGUGCUGAAAACCUCCCCUCCCGGCACACCUGGCGUCUUCAAGCAGGAGAUUGUGGAGCCCAUACAGAAUCCACCAGACGAGGCUUGGAGUUCUAAUGAGGAGGACCUCGGCAAGGUUCUGAAAGAAGAGGACACGGGCUACCAGGCGGACCAGUCGUCGGCGGUCACCCCAGCUAUACAAGCAAGACUCUCCAAACGAAAGCCCAACAAGGAGCACAUCCAACACAACUGGCGAGUGAGGCAGUCGUUAGAGGGCAAACUGGGACAGGAGAACACAUCAGAGACCAUGUGCCACUCACCGGAAACACCGAGCAAGUCGUUGGUAGGAGACUCUAGCCUGCUGCUGUCCCCACCAGCUAUCAUCCAGGAGACACUGCCUGAAGAGGUCCUUGAGGAGGUGUUUUGUCUACCCCAUAAGGUAACUUACCUGUCACAACUAUUAGCACAGAAAAGGUCAGUGAAGAAAGUAAUGUCUACCGAUUCACC